GUCUGAGGGAGGAGGGGCUGGGAGGCUGGACUCCUGGGUCUGAGGGAGGAGGGACUGGGGCUCCUGGAUUCCUGUGUCUGUGGGAGGAGAGGAGUGUCUGAGGGAGGAGGGGCUGGGGACAAACUUCCAGGUCCCUAGCCUUCCUGGCAACGCCCCCCGAGGCUGGACUUCCACGAUCCAGCUUCUAUUGAGGAUUUGAUGCGACGGCCUCACGGGGCUUUGGAGGUGAAAAAGGCCCAGAGUAGAGACACAGAGAGAGAGAGAGAGAGAGAGAGAGACCGGUGGACACGGAUGGCUACAGGAACGCGCUAUGCCGGGAAGGUGGUGGUUGUGACCGGGGGCGGGCGCGGCAUCGGAGCUGGGAUCGUGCGCGCCUUCGUGGACAGCGGGGCCCAAGUGGUUAUCUGCGACAAGGAUGAGUCUGGGGGCCGGGCCCUGGAGCAGGAGCUCCCUGGAGCUGUCUUUAUCCUCUGUGAUGUGACUCAGGAAGAUGAUGUGAAGACCCUGGUUUCUGAGACCAUUCGCCGAUUUGGCCGCCUGGAUUGUGUUGUCAACAACGCUGGCCACCACCCACCCCCACAGAGGCCUGAGGAGACCUCUGCCCAGGGAUUCCGCCAGCUGCUGGAGCUGAACCUGCUGGGGACGUACACGUUGACCAAGCUCGCCCUCCCCCACCUGCGGAAGAGCCAAGGGAAUGUCAUCAACAUCUCCAGUCUAGUGGGGGCAAUUGGCCAGGCCCAGGCAGUUCCCUAUGUGGCCACCAAGGGGGCAGUAACGGCCAUGACCAAAGCCUUGGCCCUGGAUGAAAGUCCACAUGGUGUCCGAGUCAACUGUAUCUCCCCAGGAAACAUCUGGACCCCACUGUGGGAGGAGCUGGCAGCCUUAACACCAGACCCUCGGGCUGCAAUCCUAGAGGGCAUGCUGGCCCAGCCACUGGGCCGCAUGGGCCAGCCCGCUGAGGUCGGGGCUGCGGCAGUGUUCCUGGCCUCCGAAGCCAACUUCUGCACGGGCAUCGAACUGCUCGUGACGGGGGGUGCAGAGCUGGGGUACGGGCGCAAGGCCAGUCAGAGCACCCCCGUGGACGCCCCCGAUAUUCCCUUCUGAUUUCUCUCAUUUCUACUUGGGGCCCCCUUCCUAGGACUCUCCCACCCCAAACUCCAACCUGUAUCAGAUGCAGCCCCCAAGCCCUUAGACUCUAAGCUCACUUAGGAAGGUACCAGGUCACCUGCAGGUUCCCAUAAAAGCAAUUUGCAGCCAGAAG